UACUUUCGACAAGAUGGAUAAAUGCUUCGAUCUACGAACCCUUGGCUAUCCCAGAUGUACCAGGCAGAGUGCGAAAGCCAACAAAAGCCGCGAGCUACACGACAAAAGCUACUUAACGACUCGGAUGCGGAGCAGAUGCAUGAUUGGGGAACACUGGAGUCUCGCAAAGGUGGCCGCCAAAGUCAGCGAGCUGACGUUGGACAGUCUUUGGAGGAAGGGCUACACUGAGGCGACCGACAACAAGACCAUGGAGAUGAAAAGUGAAUGAGCGGAAGGAUAGGUGUUUAGAACAACACCAAACUAUGAAAAACUUCGUCGCUUCGUUCAUCGAAGCGCAACACAAAAAUCACGUCCCUAGUACGAUGCGAAAAGAAGUCCUUAGCAAUCAUGGAUGCCACUCGACCAACGCCUUCCCUCGUACCGAAGUGUUCCAGCUCUUCACAUUUUCCCUGCGGACGACUUAUGGUAAGAGUGGCUGGCAUUUGUCGAAGUGAUCGAGUAACAGCAACA